CAGAUGCGCAGAUAAAUUUAAAAUGCUAGAGGAUACCUUGGACCCGCUCUGUAUCAUUGUGGUGAAAUCAGGGGCUGAGGGUGGGAAACUCAUUUUCAAGUAUCCGUUUUAUCACGAGGCUGGAGAUGAAGAGGAGGAUGACCUCCCUCGACCUAAUCCAUAUAUUAUCAGGAUAUCAGAGGAUUUGCUAAACCUCAGGGUUAAUGCUGAACCAACAAAUAUCAAAGAUAAUUACCUGAUCUCCUCUAAAAAUGUAGCUGAGUUUCCCUUAAUAAGUCUCCACUGCAAGGGCGAGGAUGGCCAGUGGAAGACGACAGUUAACAUGUUCCAUAUCGUCUUUGCACUAAAAGCUGUUGCCAACUAUUCUAUUGUUCAAUGCUAUCACGAACUAAGUCAACGGCUUGGUUUGACCUUGAUGCAUGAAGAGUUAAGAUCUGGAUAUCUGAGCUCACAAACUAAAUGUUUAAUUGCUGCUAUGGAUGAGCCCUUGAACAGUUUAGCAGUAGAUAGAUCCAGUCUAGCCAAGGAUAUUCAAACUAUCUACCAUCAUCUCUGCUCUACUGGCGAGAUCAGAAUUUACAUAAAUAAAUGGAUCGAAUUAUCCUUCUGUCUCCCUCACAAACUUUAUAAACUAAACUUCCCGAGCAGCUGCGUAGAACCAGAAACCAUCUUUCAAUGCCUAGAACAGCUCAGACCCUACCAUACCCUGUUGUUCCUGGUGAAUGAGAAUGAACUCCUGGACAGUUUGUCUACAGACGCCAGCCCUGCCCUCAGGCGUUUGAUCCGUCAGUCCUCUCCUAUGAAAUCUUUUCGUACUUUGUCAAUAGAUACAGAUCUCUCCCUCAUGCAGGUUUUUCAGCUCACAGGUCACCUGUUGUACUGGGGUAAGGCUACAGUGAUCUACCCUAUCUGUGAGAGUAAUAUUUAUGUACUCUCCAGUACUUUACCAAUACCAGUUCCCAAACUUCUUCAGAUUAAGUUUUUUGAGAAGUUUGGUGAAGAGUCUCUGAUGGAACGCCUGUCAUCCUUCUCGUUGCCCUGUAGACUGCAGGUCCCUCCUCCCAUGUCUCUGCAUCAAAACAAGAUUACAGAAACUAUUGUCUGGUUACUCAAACAUGGACUCAUUGUACAGCUCCAUACCUACGUUACUUUAGCUCUGACUCCAGAUAUGGCCUGGAACUUUAGGGAGGAACGAGAGGAAACUAGGGUUGAUAUAUUUCCUGAUCCCAGUUUAGAUUUAUUUAAAAACCAGGGAAAUUCAUCUUCAGGAUCCUUUAUUGAUCCCAGUCAAACCGGUUCCGAUGCAGGAAGUUACUCUAGUGAGAGAAUGGUUGGAAGUAUAGGAGAGAACAGAUCCAGUGAAGAACUAAAGGAUGUAGGUCUAGAACUACGAAUAGACCAAGGAAAGGAUGUUUAUAUAUCUAUAUCUAUCCAUCUAUAUCUAUAUAUCUAUAUCUAUAUGUCUAGAUCCAGUGAAGAACUAAAGGAUGUAGGUUUAGAACUACGAAUAGAUCAAGGAAAGGAUGUUUAUAUAUCUAUAUCUGUCUAUCUAUAUCUAUAUCUAUAUAUCCAAUCCAGUGAAGAACUAAAGGAUGUAGGUCUAGAACUCCGAAUAGACCAAGGAAAUGAGAGGGAGAAGAAGAAGGAAGAAGCUCUAAGAGAGUUUACAGCGGAUGAACGUGAAUCUUUGUGCUCUAUUCCCGCAGCACAAAAUAUAGAAGAUCUAGUAAGAUUUGUUCAUUUGUGUAAAUACUUCCGUGGAACUCAUCACUUAGAGGAAAUAAUGUAUCUCGAGAAUAUGAGAAGAUCCUCCCUACUCCAUCUAGUGGAUAAAUUUAGAGAUCUUCUCAUUAAAACUGAACACGAGGAUCCGGUUGUGUCUACAUUCUGCAACGGAACCGGAUGCUGAAACCGGAUGUAAAACGGGGGUCUACAUGAUGUUAUAGUAAAAUAUAGAAAGUUUCAAAAAACAUGAAA